AUGCUGAAAUACUUCACGAAGGAGCAUUACUCCUACCUAUCAAGUAGCAAGCGGAUGUCCUUCCGGGUCGAGAGGGACAUUAAGACGAGGACGACGUUCGUCAACAGGGAGGACCUUAAGCACGUGUUCGUGCUGGACUCGAAGGACACAACGGCCGGACUGUGCCUUCUGAACAUAUCGUUGUUCCUCCUAGGGGGAUUAUCCAAAGAAAGAAGCAAAGGAGAGUUAGCGACGAAUCUACAAGGGGGUCUUUUCAUUAUAAGUUUGAUUAUCUUUUCUAUACAAAAAAUGCUGGACCGAUGUAUCUUGUCCGAUGUGAUCUUCGCCCUCCUACUGUACAUCUCCUGUGUGUUGCCAUUCCUGCUUCUAGAACUCAAUGGCUGUUUUAACAACAUCCUCUUUUUCCCUAUAUGUGUCAUCUUCUAUUUCACUAGGUAUCACCUCAGAACUUUAUUCAUCCUCGACUCUUUUCUCAUUCUAACCAUCCUAGUAAUAAACGUGUCCAUAAACACCAGCACCAUCGAUAUUUACAUUUUCCUCUUCCUAUUAACUGCCCUCUUAUUUAGUAUGAUCUUUUACCGCUAUUUGUACUACUUCUCUAGAGCCCUUUCUAACUCUGUACGUAGUCCAAGAAACAUGAUUUUAAUCUUUCCCUACAUAAAUGAAUACCAGCAAGUCUGUUUUGCAAAACUAGCCGAUGUGCUGCUGGACUCAAACAAUUACAUGCAAACAAAGUGGAACAUCUUCUGUAGAAACAUCCCAAAAAUUCACAUCAAAAGUAAAAAAGAUUUCCAGAGUGCACAAAUUGUGGCUACCAGAUUGGCAAAUAAAUUUUUCACUCUCCGAAAUCAGAAGUUAUUUUCCACUUACCCUCCCUAUUACUGUCUAAAGGUUCUUUAUCACAAAAAGUUGUACUUAAUUAUUUCUGCUAUUGAGAGGAAGAGAAAACAGAUUGGCAAACUUCACUCGAAUGGGAAUAGGAAUGACUUCUUAUUCUUAAUGGAGAUGGUGAAGCUGCACUGGGGGACCACGCCUCUCCAGGACGACUCCCGCCACUCGAGGGUAAAUCCGCCCCAAUCAGGAAAAAGGCCAUCUCAAAGAGGUGAGAAGAAAAAAGGAAAAAUCACCAUCCGUAAGGAAGCGGAAAGGGGAAAAGAAGGGAACAAUCGAAGAGGACACAACCCACACGUAGAACGAAAACCAGAAUAUGCUCCUUUGAAGCACUCCGAGGAAGACAACAUGAACCAAAAUGGGAAAGCAGACGUGCUGAAAGCGACCGAACAAGCAAAGGGAGUCAAACCUGAACAAGCAGCAACCUCUAGGGGAGAACACCCCCCUCGAUGUUACAACAAAAAUAGGGACACACACAAAAAAGAAGCUCCACCAAUGAAGCGAGCAAAAAGUGCACGAAGGAGCAACGAAAAAAAGGACCCCCUACAAAAGGACCCCCUACAAUGUCAACCCAAAGAGGCCCCAAAAAAGGAAAAGAAUAAACGAAACAGUCCGAAGAACAAUUCUGCAAAUAAUAGUUCGACCCUGUUUAGGAAAGGCCCCGAGAAGGGAAGGGGCAAUUCUGCGAAAACUCCGCAUACGAAGAUAGACAGGCUACAUAUCGAAACCCCAAUUGGCAAUCUGCUCAGCAUCAGCGAGAAUACUAACAGAGCAAAAAGGGGUUACAAACGUGGCAACAAAAAUGACGUACUUGGUGAAGCAUUUUUUGAGUCUAAAUGUGAAACACGCGCGGGGGGGAAAUCUGAGCAAUCUAGAGAAAUCUCACCUCACCACAAUAUUGACGCCUUUAAGAAAAACACGAAAAAGACUAAAGCUAAAGGCACACACACUGAUGCGAAGCAGAAUAAGAAGAACCCUAAAAAUGAUGUGCAGGGGAAAAGGCUGAAAAACAAAUUCGCACACCAGAACGAACAUGGCUUUGAAUUCUUCUUCACCGGAAGGAAGAAAAAAAUGGGGCAUCAAAUGUGCGAUCAUAGCAGCGCGGAUGGGGGAAGCCCAAAACGGGACGAUGUAAACCCAAAUAUGGACGAUGUGAACCCAAAUAUGGACGACGUAAACCCAAAUAUGGACGACGUAAACCCACAGCUGGACGACAGCCAGGGGGGGGAUAACCCUAAUGGAGCUCCCCUUCCUGGAAACACAAACGAGGUCGAUUCACAAAUGCGGAUAAACUUAAAUUCUUACCUGAACGAUAAAAUGAAAACUACCCCCAAUGCGCAAAGUAACUACAUUAACAUGUACAUGUACAUGCGAAGGCAAGACCAAGACAGCGGUGGGAAAGAACAAACAAGUGGGAAUUACCCAAAUGAAGACACGCAAAAAAAAAAGAAAAAGUCAGAAGGAAACUUUUCCUCAUCAGGAAAAUAUCAUCAUGACUGGAGCUUGCUCUCAGACGAAAAAAUAAUUUUCGUAAAUUUCUCCUGCCUCUUCUAUGUGUUCAUCCACAAAAUUAAAUGGCUCUUAAAAUAUAUAGAAAAAGUGAACUCUGUUGUUCAGGGGGGUUACUUCCGACAGGGAAUCUCACCAAAGAGGGACCAUCUGUUGGCCUUCCUAGACCAGAAGGUCGAAAGAUACUACAUACUUUGGUCCAAUUCCUUUGACUUGGUUUACCACGUGGAGAAUUACAUCCCGCACAUUCUGCUCAUCCUCACUCUGCAUCUUUCCUCCGUUUUCGUACGAGUCGCGCCCCUGCAGCUGAGCGGCUCCUACUCCCUGUUCCGCGUGUCCAGCUUCUCGACCAUUUUCGCCGCCAGAUUUCUGCUGACCCCCGUCGUUUUCGCCCUCAUCUUCUGGCCCAUAGUCAAAACCAGAUCAGUCAACCCGAGGAACAUUUUCAAAAUUAAAAUGCACUGUUUCCUCCUGUCCCUUUUUAUCCUGACGCUUUCCACCUUGGACUACCUGUGGACGAUACUUCUCGUGCAGAAGAAUUUCUGGAGGCUGGAUGGCGCUGUCCUGGCGGAGCUUCAAAGGACGUACAGCUGCAGUAUGUUCUCCCUAGCGGAGCUAAUUUUCUUCGCGCCAGUCUUCUACUUCCUCAUCAUGCAUCGAUUAAAGUCUCUCUGGUACCUCUACAUCAUUUGGCUGUCCCUGAUAAAUGUGAUAUAUUGGAGUCUGAUUGGUACUUUAGUCCCCGGCCUAAAGAUGAAUAUCUCCCUAGCAACUUCAGUCGUGAUGUGUGUCUUGUUUAUUAUCAGGCCCUUCGAGAUGGUCAAGAGGGACAUAUUUUGCAGGUGUGUCCUGCCAUACAUUCUAUUCCUGGACGACGUGUUACGCACCCUCGACUGCGAGGAGAGGCUCAAAUAUCUGCGUUUAGCAAAGAUAGCGGAAUGA